AUGAAGAUAGAUCUUGACAAAAGUUUGAACCAACCUGGUCAGGAAUAUAAUGAUAAUUUAUAUGAUAUGACACCAAACAGGAAUGCAAAUAGUCUGAUCAAAAUAAGAGAAAUUCUAUCUUACUUUGAUAAACAAGAUAAAAAGUUGAGUAGGAGAUUAAGUCGUUUCAAUAACCAUUUUAACACAAAUAACAGCACAGGACAUAAUUAGUCAAAGAUGACAGCAGGUUCUAGAUUAAAUGACUUCGCUCGGAAUAACAAUAACCUCAGCAUAAAUCAUAAUGAUAGCAUUGGCUAUGAAAACACAGGCUAAAACAAAUCUCAAGGAUCUUAAAUGAGUUUUAUAAAUACCUCGAAUAGAAAUAACGUCAACUCCUCGACAAUUAGAAGUGGGAAUCAAAAUAGAAGCAAAAGAAACCUAUAAAGCAUUAAUAAAUCUGUAUAAGAGCCAAGAGGAGUCAGAAUAAAAAAUCUUAUGGAGCAAAAGAGACUUACCAAUAUCCCUAAUCUGUCAUAGCCACUUACUCAGCAGCAGUAAAGAUAUAGAUCGAAUACUCUAGCCAAUGGAAAUAUCAAAUAAACUCCUAAAUUCAAUGAAAUUAAUGCUUAUCCCAAAUUAAACAAGGCAUUAAAUUUUGACUAAGAUGCACAAGGUAAAAUUGAGUAUAAGGCUUACAUAGAUGAUCAAGGUCUAGAUAGUCCAUCUAAUAGAAUUAAAAAUAGAUCUAACAAUUCAAACGAAAGAUCUGCAAAAUCAUUGCUAGGCUCUUCUCUAAUGCAAUCUGAGUACCUGUAUAAUAUAUCACUAGAACGAAAAAAGCAGCUCAAAGUAGCAAAUGAUAUUUAAUAAAGAGAAAAAUCUGCUUUUAUUAUGGAGAGAAAAUAAAAGCUUAACGUAGUUUAUGAGAGAAACCGCCAACUUAUAAAGGGUAUACCAUCAACAGUAGCAAGUGACGCUAUUAAAAAUAAUUUUUUAAAGAUGAGAAGAAAUCUUAUGAUAAGAACAAUAUAGGCAGAGAUAAUGAAGAAAAAGAUGGUAGACUGGACCAUGCCUAAGUUAAUUGAGAUAGCCAAAAAAGAAGAUAGAGCCAAAACUGCAGCUUAAGCUGCCAAAGCUAAGAUUCUGAAUAAUAUCAAUAAUACAGUAGGUGGUGGACCAUUGGGUCUUGGAUUAAAUGGUAAAUUUUCAUCAAUUGAACCUCAAAUCUUAAACUUUCAAAGCGAGAAAAAAAAUGUAGCUUUCCAAGAUGAAAUUAAGGAAUUAAACAUUUGA